AUGGAAGCGGCCAAAUCAUGGACCAACUACCGAGAUCCUGUUUGCCCGCUUCGCUUAGCACUUUACGGUCAUCCCGACAGCGGCGGUAUCUGGGAAAAGCACUGUACUAAGCAGCUUAAGAGCAUUGGAUGGGUCCCGGUACUUCCUGACAUAUGGCAAAGCAUUUCCUGUCACCCGGAACUCGAUCUUCUCCUCGUUGUCUACGUGGAGGACUUCAAGAUGGCAGGACCAAAGGUCACCAAAGGAUGGGAGGGCAUUUCAAAGGUUUUGGAAAUGGAUCCUGCUGAGCCGUUGAGAAGGUGCUUUGGUUGCCAUCAUGUGGAGAAGACCUUGGCUAAGCUCGAUCGUAGCGUUCCUCCCUUGGCUUAUGUGUUUGACAAACAAGAAACGGCAGCAGGUGUGGACAGCAAUCAGUUCCCGAUGCUUGGAACACAACGCAUAACGGAGAUGGACGACGGAACUAGCAAACAUGACGAUUACAACAAAGUCGGUCCCUCUCGCAUGAACCCUUGGUGGACAGGGAAAACUUUGUUCCCCAUCAUGGCUUCUUCGGAAGAGGAGUUCAGGGUUGCCGUAGCUGCCCGAAAGGGCAGGCCGAUGCGUAGCAAGUCUGAAGCCGAGCGAGAAGCCAAGCAACAAAGGUCCAAAGGGACCGAAACCAUCGUCGAUGAUGCUGUUCCAUCCAUGAACAAACCCGUGAACAUCAUGUUUUACGAUAUGAGAGACUUUCUUGUUUCUUCUGUCGACAAAUACUGUGAGUUUGCCGGUGUUGGCCUCGCAUCUACCUGGUACGGCGCAAUCCUGAGUUUCCAGGACUUCAUCAAGAACGCGGCCAG